AAGUCGGAGAGGGUGCCAGCCUGCAGGGCCGGGGCGCCGUGGCGAGUGAACGUCCGGGCUGUGGUGAACCCUUUGCGGAUAAGUGGAUGGGAUGGAGCCGGGACCAUCUGGCGCUGUGCCCAUGGGGCCGUACCCCCCACCCCUGCAGCAGGUGUUCCAGGCUCCCCGCAGGCCAGGCGUGGGCACCGUCGGCAAGCCCAUCAAGCUGCUUGCCAACUACUUUGAGGUGGAGAUCCCAAAAAUGGAUGUUUACCACUAUGAAGUGGACAUCAAACCUGAUAAGUGUCCUCGGCGGGUCAACAGGGAGGUUGUGGAAUACAUGGUCCAACAUUUCAAACCGCAGCUCUUUGGCGACCGAAAGCCGGUGUAUGAUGGAAAGAAGAACAUCUACACUGUCCUGGCUUUACCUAUAGGCAGUGAGAAGGUUGACUUUGAGGUGACCAUUCCUGGCGAGGGGAAGGACCGCAUCUUCAAAGUGUCCAUCCGGUGGUUGGCAAAGGUGUCAUGGAGGCUUCUACAGGAGACGCUGGUCAGUGGACGUCUGCAGGUCCCGCUGGAUUCUGUCCAAGCCCUCGACGUGGCUAUGAGACAUCUGGCCUCCAUGAGGUACACUCCGGUCGGCCGUUCCUUCUUUUCACCUCCGGAGGGUUACUAUCAUCCUCUGGGUGGGGGUAGAGAGGUGUGGUUUGGCUUCCAUCAGUCUGUCCGGCCAGCCAUGUGGAAGAUGAUGCUCAACAUUGAUGUAUCUGCGACGGCGUUCUAUAAAGCCCAGCCGGUCAUUGAGUUCAUGUGUGAGGUUCUGGACAUCCGUAACAUUGAUGAACAGCCCAAAACUCUUACUGACUCACAAAGAGUCCGCUUUACCAAGGAGAUUAAAGGUCUCAAACAAGGCCUGAAGGUGGAGGUUACUCACUGCGGUCAGAUGAAGAGAAAAUACCGCGUCUGCAACGUCACCCGUCGCCCUGCUAGUCACCAAACGUUUCCUCUUCAGCUGGAGAGCGGACAGACGGUAGAAUGUACGGUGGCUCAAUACUUUAAACAGAAAUACAGCCUGCAGCUGAAAUACCCUCAUCUGCCCUGUCUACAGGUGGGCCAGGAGCAGAAACACACCUACCUGCCUCUGGAGGUCUGCAAUAUUGUAGCGGGGCAACGUUGUAUCAAGAAACUGACAGAUAAUCAAACAUCCACCAUGAUCAAAGCCACGGCACGUUCAGCUCCCGACCGACAGGAGGAGAUCAGCAGACUGAUGAAGAACGCAAACUUCAAUCUGGAUCCCUACAUUCAAGAGUUUGGGAUUAAGGUGAAGGACGACAUGGCCGAGGUGACGGGACGAGUUCUUCCUGCUCCGAUCCUGCAGUACGGCGGUCGGAAUCGUGCCAUUGCGACACCCAAUCAGGGUGUUUGGGAUAUGAGGGGUAAACAGUUCUAUAAUGGCAUCGAGAUCAAAGUUUGGGCCAUCGCUUGCUUCGCCCCGCAGAAGCAGUGUCGGGAAGAAGUGUUAAAGAACUUCACAGACCAGCUGCGUAAGAUCUCAAAGGAUGCUGGGAUGCCCAUCCAGGGUCAGCCGUGUUUCUGCAAGUAUGCGCAGGGAGCAGACAGCGUGGAGCCCAUGUUCAGACACCUGAAGAACACGUACUCUGGACUUCAGCUCAUCAUCGUCAUCCUGCCGGGAAAAACACCCGUCUAUGCUGAAGUGAAGCGUGUCGGAGACACUCUUCUGGGAAUGGCCACUCAGUGUGUGCAGGUGAAGAACGUGGUGAAGACGUCUCCUCAGACGCUCUCCAACCUCUGCCUCAAGAUCAACGUCAAGCUCGGCGGCAUCAACAACAUCCUGGUGCCACAUCAACGGUCCGCUGUGUUCCAACAGCCGGUGAUCUUUUUGGGUGCAGAUGUUACUCAUCCACCCGCUGGUGAUGGAAAGAAACCGUCUAUCACAGCUGUGGUGGGCAGUAUGGAUGCUCAUCCCAGCAGAUAUUGUGCUACGGUUCGAGUCCAGAGACCCAGACAGGAGAUCAUUGAAGACCUGUCGUACAUGGUGCGAGAGCUGCUCAUCCAGUUCUACAAAUCAACCCGCUUCAAACCCACAAGAAUCAUCUUCUACAGGGACGGCGUACCAGAGGGACAGUUACCACAGAUUCUACAUUAUGAGCUGUUGGCCAUCAGAGACGCCUGCAUCAAACUGGAGAAAGACUACCAGCCCGGCAUCACUUACGUAGUGGUACAGAAACGGCACCACACGCGUCUCUUCUGCGCCGACAAGUCAGAAAGAAUUGGAAAGAGCGGGAACAUUCCAGCAGGGACGACGGUGGACACCAGCAUCACUCAUCCGUUUGAGUUUGACUUUUACCUGUGCAGUCAUGCAGGUAUUCAGGGCACCAGCCGGCCAUCUCACUACUACGUCUUGUGGGACGACAAUCGUUUCACUGCUGACGAGCUGCAGAUUUUAACCUACCAGCUGUGUCACACAUACGUGCGCUGCACCCGCUCCGUGUCCAUUCCAGCUCCGGCGUACUACGCCCGACUCGUCGCCUUCAGAGCGCGCUAUCACCUGGUGGAUAAGGAACAUGACAGCGGAGAGGGCAGCCACGUCUCCGGGCAAAGCAACGGCCGGGAUCCACAGGCGCUGGCCAAAGCUGUUCAGAUUCACCACGACACCCUGAGGACCAUGUACUUUGCCUGAGACAGAGAGGUUUCUGUACCACACCCCGCCGGGUCACCACACUCCCCCUCGAGCCAGUAAACUGGGUGCUAGCAGCUCUAUGAAGCCCACUAACGUGAACAGAACUGAAUACGGAGUCUCACACUUUGAGUUUUGUUGAAUCCGGCUGACCUAUGCUCUUUUUUUUAAUUUAACGGUGUAUUAUUGUAUACUACCUUCGCACUCCCACAUGUACGUUCGUAUGCAAUACGGAGGGAAGGAAUGCAGACAAACUCGUCGUUUUGUAAGCAACCACAAAGAUGCCUCUUAAUCUGUACGUCCGGCCGAUGUGGAGGAAAUGUUUUACUCAUUGCAUUUUGAACGAGGGUAUUUUUUUUAUUGUGACUUUCCUUUUAUUUGUUUUUUAUUAUUCUGUUUUUGUGAAAUACGUGGUACAUUAGCACUUAGUUUUAGUUGAAAGACGCCACGAGCCCAGCAUUUAUAGUCUGUGAAGCUGCAAGCGCGCAGACGCUGAUGGACUGUAGCAGGUGUCUCUCCAGCGUUUCGCAGUGGUGUCACGGGUGUAGCCAAGCGUAUUUAGAUUUUCCUCAUUAGUUAAGAGCGGCUGAAUUAGCAUAGAUGGACCACAGAGUGCGUUAACUGUACUGGCAUCAGCAUUACACCGAAACCAGCAUUAUGCACCAGCCGAAUGCAAUGCCAACUCUUCAAAGCGGCUCUUGUCUUUUAAAGGGAUAGUUCACCCAAAGAUUUAAAUUCUUUCAUCGUUUAUUCACCCUCGUGUCGUUCUAAACCUGUAUGACUUUCUUUUGCAUUUCUGACUUUCUAUAUUGAACCUCAUUGACACAAAACCACAGAGACAUUUCUCAAAAUAUCUUCUUUUGUGUUCCACUGACGAAAGAGUCACAUACAGGUUUUAUAUGACGUGAGGGUGAAUAAACUGUCCCUUUAACAUGCAUUUUUGUUCUGCAUGUGAUUCAGCCGUGCUCCUUGAACAGAGUUUGUUGCUCGUCUUGUCAUGAACGUUCUGGUACACGUAACUCUUCCUCCACCUAAAGGAAUAGUUGAGCCAAAAAUGAAUAUUUUGUCAUCGUUUAGUCACUCUCAAGUUGUUCCAACUCCGCAUUCAUUUGUUUCACCAAACAUAUUCAAGGUCCUGUUUUCCAUACAACGAAUGUGGGUUGUGUUCAGUGGCGCCCCAUUUUCUCUCGUGUCGUGACAAAGUUGACUUUGUCCACUUAGGUGGAAGUAAGAUUUUUGCAACGUAGACACGCAUUCAAAAAGUUUUUUAGAAGACAAGGCAUAUAUAGUUUAUUUCUAAUUCUAUAUGACUGCUUAUGUGAUGCUUUUUUGUCAUUAAAGGCUGACAUUAUAAAGCUCCAUCCGUUUGUUGUAUGCAAAACAGAAUUGUUUUCACGACAUGGCAAACUAAUACAGGUUUGGAAUACCACCAUGCUUAUGACGAUAUUAAGAGUUUUGGGUGAACUGUUCCUUUAAGACAUUUCUUCCACUGACCUCUGUAAGCAAAGCCAAAACGCCGGGGAAAACGACCCGCAGCACAUUUCAGAGGUUGAGACGCACAAUCCGUGCUCUCCGUUUGUGUCUACGCAGAAAUCCAACAUCGCAGUAAUACCAGUUUGUAUAUAGCAACCCACUAUCCUCCCUCACACAGAGGCCACCGACAUCCCACAUCGCCCCACGCUUUCACCCCGUGUUAUUUUCAAAGGUGCCGCCGGUAACACUGCCACAUUCCCUACACAACUCACGAGCACCUUGUACACACACACACACACACACACUUUUAUCGCCCGUUUUAUUGCACCUUUUACCUUCGCCUGAUGUCCGUCGUUGCCGUGAGUGUAUGGUGGGCAUGCAGGUAAUAGUCCACGGGUCAGCGGGAACGUUAUGCCAUGUAACCAUGUCAUAUAUUGGCUGUAUGAAAUGCAUGUUUAAACUGAACUUGUGUUGUAACUGGAGCCUUGUAGUAGUGCACUUAAUAUCUGAUGCCAUAUUUUCUCAUUUGCUUUAAAUGAAAGGUUCAUCCGAAAAUGUAAGUUUUUUUUAUUAUGUUUCACACAAGAAGUUUGAAAUGACACAAGAGUGUGUAAAGGGUGAGUGAAUUGCCAUUUUUGGGUGAACUGUUUGUUUAAAGAAACCUUUGAACACUAUUCAGCCACGAGAAGGGCCAUGGAUCUUCACCAGGCACCGUUAUUGGCCGAUGCCUCAAAUCAGCCUCAAAGCCUAGAAAGGGUCUGUUGAAAUCCAAAAUAAGGAUGUAACGGUCUACCAUGUUUUAUUUUAAAUCAUGUUUAUGAGAUGUAUACAAAGACGUGCUUUUAUAUAUUAGGUUUUACCAACCCAGCGAUGUGGUUUUUAUUGAUGCCCCAGUGUAUGAACUCAAUCGGGUCUUUCCUAGACUAAAUAUUCAAAUGCAGUACUUGACUCUCAGAAGCCACGGGCACCUCGUGGGUGAAGAACAACACGGAGGUGAUUGACGGGGUGACUGGAGAGUUCACCUGACCUCACUUUUAAAGCAAUAUUAUGCCACUGAUUAAGAACAGUCCUGUCAUAGCACUUCCCAAUAGAUUCAGUGAACGGACACGUGAGCAAGUCAUUUUGGCUCGGUAUGUAAUAAUAGUGAGAGGACUAUGUUCAGAACGGUUAUUUUUUAAAGAAAAUAAA